CUUUUUCCUUCCACAGGAUACAUGCUGAAAGUAGUUCGGAGAUCAACCACAGAAUGGCAUGGCGAACACCAUCCAUUCAUCUUGAAGAAGGAUCACUAGCCACUUCACAAAUUUGUGUAUGAAGCAGAGGAUCGGCUUUCUGGUGGGACGCUGCCGCUUUGGUGCCUGAAGUUGCACUAGUCUCUGGUGGGGAAAUGAUGACGCUGCAGAGUUCCAAAUCUGUGAGGUUUCAGGAUGAUCCUGAAGUGGCUGAUUUGACAAGAUGUAAAUCAGAUAGCAUGGUUAAGCUGACAUUCAGAAUAGAUGGGACUCAAAUACCAGUAUCAUGUCCUAAGAAGGUCGAUCAGCAAGUUCCUAAAAUCAGCGAUCAGCAGGGUCUCAAAAGCACGGGAAAGUCGUUAAAAUCAAAAGUUCUUUCCCGGGUGUUUUCUGAGGAUUACGAAAGAGUAAGAAGAAAAAUAUUGGAUCCUAGAGGCACUCUCUUGCAGCGUUGGAAUAAAGUUUUUCUAGUGGCCUGUUUAAUUUCUCUUUUUGUGGAUCCCCUGUUCUUCUACUUACCUGGCACUGAAGGAGCAUGUAUAGAAAUUGAUACGCCCCUUGAGAUUGUCCUCACCAUUGUGCGCACAAUAGCAGAUAUGUUUUAUGUGAUUCAUAUUUUUAUUCGUUUCCGGACAGCAUAUAUUGCCCCUUCCUCUCGUGUAUUUGGAAGAGGUGAACUUGUCAUCGAGCCAUCCAAAAUUGCAUCGAGGUAUCUACAAAAGGAAUUCUGGGUUGAUCUGGUUGCUGCAUUACCACUUCCUCAGGUUUUGAUAUGGGUUGCAAUACCCAGCUCAAACGGUUCCACACUAGCUAAUACAAAGAAUGUACUUCGCUUCAUUAUCAUAUUUCAAUAUCUUCCAAGGCUAUUCUUGAUUGUUCCACUAUCGUCUCAAAUUGUGAAGACAACUGGAGUUGUGACCGAGACAGCAUGGGCUGGUGCUGCCUAUAAUUUGAUGCUAUACAUGCUUGCAAGCCAUGUGCUAGGAGCCUCUUGGUACCUCCUUGCAAUCGAGCGUGAUGUGUCAUGCUGGGAAAAAGUAUGCAACUCUCAGGGGCCAUGCCAGUACAGAUUCUUGGACUGCCGAAGGAUGGACAAGAGUAUGGAGGCUCUCAGACAGUCAUGGGUUCAAUCAAGUAAGGUUACGCGAAUAUGCAGUCCCAGUAGUAACUUUUAUGAGUAUGGAAUCUAUGGAGAUGCGUUAAACUCAGGAGCAACAUCUUCAAAGUUUUUCAACAAGUACUUCUAUUGCCUCUGGUGGGGACUGCAAAAUCUCAGCUGUUUGGGACAAAACCUUCAGACAAGCACUUUCGUGGGAGAGAUCAGCUUCGCGAUUCUGAUUGCUGUUCUUGGCCUCGUGCUGUUUGCCUUAUUAAUUGGGAACAUGCAGACGUACUUGCAGUCGACGACGGUGAGGCUGGAAGAGUGGAGGAUCAAGAGAACGGACACGGAGGAGUGGAUGAGGCACAGGCAGCUUCCCCCGGAUUUGAAGCAAUGCGUGCGGAAGUAUGAUCAGUACAAGUGGGUGGCAACCAGAGGGGUGGAUGAGGAGGCCAUCCUCAGGGGCCUCCCCGUCGAUCUGCGCCGAGACAUCAAGCGCCAUCUCUGCCUCGACCUCGUUAGACGAGUGCCGCUGUUUGACCAGAUGGACGACCAGAUGCUGGAUGCGAUCUGCGAGCGGCUGAAGCCCGCACUGUGCACCAACGGAACCUGCCUCGUCCGCGAGGGUGACCCCGUCAACGAGAUGCUUUUCGUCAUCCGGGGCCACCUGGACAGCUACACGACCAACGGCGGGCGCACCGGCUUCUUUAACUCCUGUAGGCUGGGUCCCGGCGAUUUCUGCGGCGAGGAGCUGCUAACAUGGGCGCUCGACCCGCGGCCCAGCGUCAUCCUCCCGUCGUCUACACGGACGGUGAGGGCGCUGGUCGAGGUGGAGGCCUUCGCCCUCCGCGCCGACGACCUCAAAUUCGUCGCCGCCCAGUUCCGCCGCCUCCACAGCAAGCAGCUGCAGCAUACGUUCCGCUUCUACUCCCACCAGUGGCGCACCUGGGCCGCCUGCUUCAUCCAGGCCGCCUGGCGCCGAUUCAAAAGGCGCAGGGCCGUCGCCGAGCUCCAGCGCUUGGAGAGCCUCGGCUCCGCCGACACCCCUAACCAGCCGGAGACUCCAGCCCUCGGCAUCGCGGUCCGGGCCGCUGCCCGACUGGCGGCGAGUGCCAGGUGGAGUGCUGUGGCUUUCGGAGGUGGCGCGUCGGAAUCCUCGUCAGGCGGUGUCGUUGCCGUCCAGAAACCCAAGGAUCCUGACUUCUCUGUGGAGGAAGAGGACGAAUGACUUCGCAUCCAGCCUGCCAGCUUUCAAUUUCUUUUUCAAACAUUCGUCCUUUCUUUCUGUCCGUCUUCGUUGAUGAAGACGCGGACUCACAAGCGACGGUUGGCGACAUUAGUGCAGUUCUUCUCACCCGAUUGGGACUUGGUCUUAGUGGGUAGGAGUGUAAAGAAGAAGAUAUAUAGUUGUCUUCUUUGGGGGAAAGUUGAAAACCAGAUUGUACGUUAUGUAGUUCCACAAAUGUUGACGUUGGAGAUCCUAUGGCGUUUUGUACUUGGUCCAGAAUCCUCGUGUUUUUCACAUGCCCAUGAAUAUAGAAACCAUAGU